CAGAGCAGGGCCGGGCUGGGCGAGCGCACGGCCAUGGCUCCGUGGCUGCAGCUCUGCUCGGUCUUCUUCACUGUCAACGCCUGCCUCAACGGCUCGCAGCUGGCGGUGGCUGCGGGCGGCUCUGGGCGCGCGAGGGGCGCCGACACCUGCGGCUGGCGGGGAGUGGGACCAGCCAGCAGGAACAGCGGGCUGAACAACAUCACUUUCAGAUAUGACAACUGUACCACCUACGUGAAUCCGGUGGGGAAGCACAUGAUCGCCGAUGCCCAGAACAUCACCAUCAGCCAGUACGCGUGCCAUGACCAAGUGGCAGUCACCAUUCUUUGGUCCCCAGGGGCCCUUGGCAUUGAAUUCCUAAAAGGAUUUCGGGUAAUACUGGAGGAGCUGAAGUCAGAGGGAAGACAGUGCCAACAAUUGAUUUUAAAGGAUCCAAAGCAGCUCAACAGUAGCUUCAAAAGAACUGGAAUGGAAUCGCAACCUUUCCUGAAUAUGAAAUUUGAAACGGAUUACUUUGUAAAGAUCGUCCCUUUUCCUUCCAUUAAAAACGAAAGCAGUUACCACCCAUUUUUCUUCAGAACCCGGGCCUGUGACCUUCUGUUACAGCCAGACAACCUGGCCUGUAAGCCCUUCUGGAAGCCCCGCAGCCUAAACGUCACCCAGCACGGUGUGGACCUGCAGGUGUCUUUCGACCACGCGCCGCACAGCUUUGGCUUUCGUUUCUUCUAUCUUCACUACAAACUCAAGCAUGAAGGACCCUUCAGGCGCAAGAUCUGUAAGCAGGAGCAGAAUGCAGAGACAACCUGCUGCCUCCUUCAAAAUGUUCCUCCAGGAGAUUAUAUAAUCGAGCUGGUAGAUGACAGUAACACAACGAGAAAGGUGAUGCAUUAUGCCUUAAAGCCAGUGCAUUCCCCGUGGGCCGGGCCCAUCAGAGCUGUGGCCAUCACUGUGCCGCUGGUUGUCAUAUCAGCAUUUGCGACACUCUUCACUGUGAUGUGCCGCAAGAAGCAACAAGGUAUCUCUGUGCGCUGUGUUCCCCUCGGGGGCAGGCCAGGGGGGAUGGCUGCGGAGAGGGAAACGGGGAGCACCUGUUUUGUCCAGGUCUUCCUCUGCUAUUCCAGUAAAGAUGGCCAGAAUCACAUGAAUGUUGUCCAGUGUUUUGCCUACUUCCUCCAGGACUUCUGCGGCUGUGAGGUGGCCCUGGACCUGUGGGAAGACCGCAGUGUCUUCAGAGAAGGGCAGAGAGAAUGGGUCAUCCAGAAGAUCCACGAGUCCCAGUUCAUC